AUGAAUCUUCGAGUAGCGAAAGCGGAUGAUUUAUUGAAUACUCAACACUGCAAUUUGUUAUGUUUACCGGAAAAUUACCAAAUGAAGUAUUACUUUUAUCACGCCUUAUCAUGGCCACAAUUAUCAUAUGUUGCCGAAGAUGAUAAGGGUAAUAUUGUUGGCUAUGUAUUGGCAAAAAUGGAAGAAGAAGCAGAUGAUGAGCCGCAUGGUCACAUUACCUCAUUGGCUGUUAAACGUUCAUACCGCCGUCUCGGUCUUGCCCAAAAGCUAAUGGAUCAGACAGCUCGUGCAAUGAUUGAAACAUUCAAUGCUCGUUAUGUGUCACUUCACGUACGCGUCUCAAACAGAGCUGCGUUGAAUCUUUAUCAGAACACGUUAAAAUUUGAAAUUUCUGAUGUGGAACCAAAGUAUUAUGCUGAUGGUGAGGAUGCCUACGCGAUGAAACGUCCGUUGGUGCAGUUUGCAAUGGAAAACAAUAUUGAACCAGCAGAUAGGAAAGCAUUUUUUAGUACCAAAGAAGAAAGAGAACAUGCAAGGAAGCAGAAAAAUAAUUAA